AUGUCUUCCACUACUCAAAACGAUUCAAAAUCACAUAGACCAAUGUCGACCUCUCCAUCUUCCACGGACAUUGAAAACGAGAAAGUAGAAAGUGGCUCUCCUCAAACAAUCACGCCGCCCAUACCAACUUCAGAAGAAGAUUAUAUCCUCACAAAACCACAAGGCUACAGAUGGUUCCUAGUCUGUACUUCCCUCUACCUGGGGUGUCUGAUCUACGGCCUCGACACCACAAUAAGCGCCGACAUCCAAGCAGCCGUGAUCCACUCCUUCAACAGCCCAUCCCAACUCACCUGGCUAGGAACCGGCUUCCCACUUGCAUCUGUUUGUGGAAUUCUCCCCGCCUCGGCAUUUUACGCCGUCUUUGAUUUGAAAUGGAUGUUUAUCUCCAGCAUGAUAGUCUUCGAAGCCGGCUCUGCCCUGUGUGGUGCUGCGCCCAACAUGGAUGCGCUGAUUGUGGGACGGGUGAUUGCGGGAUUGGGAGGCACGGGGAUUUAUAUUGGGAUCCUCAACUUCUUCUCGAUGACUACGACAAAUGAGGAGAGGGGAAAGUAUAUGUCUUUAAUUGGUUUUGUGUGGGGAAUAGGGGCUAUCCUGGGGCCAGUUGUUGGUGGUGCUUUUUCGACUAGCGCAGCAACGUGGAGGUGGUCGUUUUAUAUUAACCUUGUAAUCGCAGCUGUGUGCGCGCCGAUUUACCUCAUCUAUCUAACUUCAAUGAAACCCCCGUCGACAUCUGAUAAAAGCACGCCGAAGAAACUUGCGAGUAUGGAUUGGGCUGGAUUUAUACUCAGCACGGGAACGCUUGUCUGUUUCACCAUGGUGUUGACAUUUGCCAGCGCGACAUGGGCAUGGAAUGACCACCGAACCAUCUCGAUGUUCGUCGUGUUCGGCGUACUGCUUGCACUUACAGUUAUUCAACAACAUUUCUUCAUCCUCACAACCCGCGAAGCUCGAAUGAUGCCUCCAGGACGUGUUACCAGGAACCGGAGUGAAGUUCUGCUCUGCAUCCAGACGGCAGUGACAGUCACCAAUAUUCAAGUUCCGCUGUAUUACAUCCCGCUGUAUUUUCAGUUUGUGCAUAGCGAUAGUUCUAUGAUGGCUGCUGUACGCUUGCUUCCAUUUGUAUUGAUAUUGAUCGCCUCUAAUAUGAGCGCUGGGUUCUUGCUUCCCAAAGUGGGCUAUUAUUGGGUAAUGUACCUUGCGACCGGAGUUUUCAUGACCAUCGGCGGCAGUCUGAUGUAUACCAUCCGCCUUGAUAGUAACACCGGAAAAGUCUACGGUUAUAGUAUCCUCCUCGGCCUCGGUAGCGGCCUCACCUUCCAAGCAGCCUACUCCAUCGCAGGCGUCAAAGCAUCCCUCAAGAACUGGUCAGUCAAGGAUAUUCAAAGCGCUGUAUCUCUGCAGAAUAUCUCCCAGGUGGGCGGUACACUGCUCUCGCUCCUGAUAUCUGGCCAGGUCUUCCAAAGCUAUGCUUUUGAAAAUCUAAAGCGCGUACUGGAUGACAAUAAUUUGAGGUUCUCGGAUGCAGAGAUCCGAAGUACGGUCACAGGAACGCAAAGUUUAGUGUUUGAAGGGCUGCCUGAUGUUGUGAAGGUGGAAGCAGUGGAAGCGAUUAUGGAUGCUAUGAAGAAGGGGUUUUGUCGCUGGUUUGUGCUCUGGCUAUGA